CUUUCCCACGGGCUCGGGCCCGGCCCCAGUGACAGCCGGCGCGCUUGAGCACGGCGGGCGCGCGCGCGCGUGCCCGCGAGGGAGGCGGUAGCAGCGGCGGCGGAGGCCGGGUAAUGUGCCCGAGCCCUCGCCUCACGGUCCGGACCCGGCAGAUCCCUCACGGGAGUUCUCGUGCAGGCUGGCGGAGCAUGGUGGCAAUAGCAGGGCUGGUGGCAGCUGGGAAGUGAGGCGGAGCCAUCGGCCCAGGAACAGGCCCCCCCCGGACAUGGAGUAUGAAAGACGAGGUGGCCGUGGAGACAGGACCGGCCGCUAUGGGGCUGAGCGCAGCCUGCAAGAGGAUGGGCUGGACAGCCGGAGCCAGAGAGACCAUGAUUACCGGGACAUGGAUUACCGCUCCUAUCCCCGGGACUUCAGCAGCCAGGAAGCCCGCCAUGAUUACGAUGAUUCCUCUGAGGAGCAGAGUGCAGAGGAUUCCUACGAGGCUUCCUCAGGUUCUGAGACGCAACAACGUAAGCGGGACAGCCCUACCGAGCCCCUGGGCUUCCCUGGAGAUGGGGACUACCGGGACCAGGACUAUCGGACCGAGCAAGGGGAGGAGGAGGAGGAGAAGGCCAGUCACAUCAUCAUGCUGAGGAUGCUGCCCCAGGCAGCCGCAGAGAACGACAUCCGAGCGCAGCUGCAAUCCCAUGGGAUCCAGGCUCGGGAAGUACGGCUGAUGCGGAACAAGUCGUCAGGUCAGAGCCGGGGCUUCGCCUUCGUCGAGUUUAGUCACUUGCAGGACGCUGCACGAUGGAUGGAAGCCAAUCAGCACUCCCUCAGCAUCCUGGGUCAGAAGGUCUCCAUGCACUACAGUGACCCCAAACCCAAAAUUAAUGAGGAUUGGCUUUGCAACAAGUGUGGAGUCCAGAACUUCAAACGUCGGGAGAAGUGUUUCAAGUGUGGUGUGCCCAAGUCAGAGGCAGAGCAGAAGCUGCCACUGGGGGCACGGCUGGAUCCGCAGCUGAUGCCUCUGGGUGGGCGGGAACUGAGCCAGGGCCUGCUUCCCCUACCCCAGCCCUACCCAGCCCAGGGGCUCUUGGCCCCCCAGGCCCUGUCCCAGGGCUCUGAGCCCACUUCAGAGAACGCCAACGACACCAUCAUCCUGCGCAACCUGAACCCUCAUAGCACUAUGGACUCCAUCCUAGGGGCCCUGGCCCCCUAUGCUGUGCUGUCCUCCUCGAACGUCCGGGUCAUCAAGGACAAGCAGACCCAGCUGAAUCGGGGUUUUGCCUUUAUCCAGCUCUCCACCAUCGUGGAGGCCGCUCAAUUACUGCAGAUCCUGCAGGCUCUCCACCCGCCCCUCACCAUAGAUGGCAAGACCAUUAAUGUGGAGUUUGCUAAGGGCUCCAAGAGGGACAUGGCCUCCAACGAUGGCAACCGCAUCAAUGCUGCUUCUGUGGCCAGUACAGCAAUCGCAGCUGCCCAGUGGGCCAUCUCACAGGCAUCCCAGGGUGGGGAGGGGAGCUGGGCAGCACCUGAGGAGCCAGCAGCAGACUACAACUACUACCACCAAGAUGAGGCCUACUGUGGCCCAAGCAAUGAGGCCACACUCUAUGGCCACAGUGGUUACCUGAAAGGUGCCACCAAGGCCUUGGGUGUGGCUGGAAGCAAGGGAGACCCUGCUGGAGCAGGCACCGAACCCACCUUGGAACCUUGUGUACCUGGCGUUGAUGCUGUGCCCUUGAUCCAGGCCUUUCCCCGUGCCCAAGCCAGUGCCAUGCCUGGCAUCUAUCAGCAGCCCGGGGCUGAGGGGGCUACUGCCCAGGGAAUGGUGUCUAACACCCAGGCCCAGCCUUAUACAAUCGUGUCCCCUGCGGUUCUGAAGGCUGAGCUUCUCAGCCCAGCCCAGCCCAGUUCUGCACCCCCACCCACUACCAGUCCAGCUGCCCAGGACUCCUAUGGCCAGUACCCAAUCCCUGAUGUCUCCACCUACCAAUAUGAUGAGACAUCGGGCUACUACUAUGAUCCACAGACAGGACUCUACUAUGACCCAAAUUCUCAGUAUUACUACAACUCCCAGAGUCAGCAGUACCUUUACUGGGAUGGGGAGCGGCGCACCUACGUCCCUGCCCUGGAGCAGGUGACCGAUGGCCACAAGGAGACAGGGGGAAGCUUGAAAGAAGGCAAGGAAAAGAAGGAGAAGCACAAGACCAAGACAGCCCAGCAGAUAGCCAAGGAUAUGGAGCGCUGGGCCCGGAGCCUCAACAAGCAGAAGGAGAACUUCAAAAAUAGUUUCCAGCCCAUCAGCUCUCUGCGGGAGGAUGAACGGCGGGAGUCGGCCACAGCCGACGCUGGCUACGCCAUCCUGGAGAAGAAGGGGACGCUGGCCGAGAGGCAGCACACCACCCUGGAGCUGCCGAAGCUGCCGAGUGACGAGCACCUGAGUCCACCCCGGGGGCUGGUGGCCGCCUAUAGUGGUGAGAGUGACAGUGAAGAAGAGCCUGAGCGGAGUGCUGAGAGGGAGGAGAGGCUCACCGACUGGCAGAAGCUGGCCUGUCUUCUCUGCCGACGCCAGUUCCCUAGCAAAGAGGCCCUGAUCCGCCACCAGCAGCUUUCUGGGUUGCACAAACAAAACCUGGAGAUUCACCGGCGGGCUCACUUGUCUGAGAAUGAGCUGGAGGCCUUGGAGAAGAGUGACAUGGAGAUGAAGUAUAGGGACCGGGCAGCAGAGCGGCGGGAGAAGUACGGCAUCCCAGAGCCUCCAGAGCCCAAGAAGAGGAAAUCUGGGGCUGUAACAGCUGCCACUGUGGACUUUGAGCAGCCCACCAGAGAUGGGCUGGGCAGCGACAACAUUGGCAGCCGUAUGCUACAGGCCAUGGGCUGGAAGGAGGGUAGCGGACUAGGUCGCAAGAAGCAAGGCAUUAUCACUCCCAUCGAGGCCCAGACUCGUGUCCGUGGCUCAGGACUGGGGGCCCGGGGCAGCUCCUAUGGCAUCACCGCAUCUGAGUCCUACAAGGAGAGCCUGCACAAGACUAUGCUGACUCGCUUCAACGAGGCAGAGUAGACCCUGGUCCAGGCCUCCCCACCCCUCUCACCUCAGCCCCAUCUGGUACAGCCUUGACCUAAAGGCUCCAAGAGAUGGAAAAGGGCGGCCCUGCUUGGCCUGGCCUGGCUGGGCCUGGCCUGCUGGCUGGCUGGGCCUGGCCUGGCCUGGCCUGGCUGGGCCUGGCCUGCUGGCUGGCUCUCAUCCCCUACGGCCUCUUUCUUUUCUUGGGAAGCCAUGGCCCCUGCCCACUGACCUGCCCUCUGACCAACUCUCCUUCUUUUUCUAAUAAAACCAGAAAAGCCCCAGACUUUGAGCCUGUGAGGUUGGUGGGGUCAGGCCUUGUCCUGGGUGCCACUCACAUUGGGAUCCUUGGCUUUAGGGCUCAGGAAAGCCUGCAAGCAGAGCCCAUGGCCUCCCGACUCUCCUGCCCAGCUGGGUGAUCUGUUGGCAAGCGUGUACCCCAUGAUGCCCAUGGAAGGCUUGGGGUGUCUGAACUAGACUCAGAAGGAACUUUAGGGGUCAUUUAGUCUAAAAGUCCUUCAUUUUUCAAAGGAGGAAAUAGAUCUGCUGUAGGGUAGUGACUUGUCCAAGGCCACCCAGGCAGUCAGCCGAUCAAGUGGGAGUAGUAAGUGGGAGGAGGUGCUGGUCUAAGUCUUUAGUCCUGCAGCCGCCACACCUCAACUCCCGUCCAUCCCUUUGGCCCUGUCCUGUGAGGCCCAUGAACAAAUGUAAGGUAGCCCCUGGGGUCUAUUUAAGGACAGGACCAAAACACCCCCCAGGAGCCUCCCAUGCUCACAAAUGACCGUGGGCAAGUCUCUCAACCUCAGCCUCAACUUCCUCCCCUGUACAAUGUUGGCGUUCCUUCCAGCACUGAAGCCACCAGUUCCCCCUUCCCACUCACCUGGCAAGGACUCUGCCCCCCAGCUGGGAGGAGGGGACAGGGUAAGGCAAGAGAGAGAAGAGACAAGGCCAAGAAGGCCUAAGUGACUUGGGGGCAUUUAAGAAGCACAUGGCAUGUGCAAGGCACUGUGCUUGCUAAGCAUUGGGCAUCCAAAGAAGCGACAACCCCAGCAGGCCAGAGGCCCAGCCAGUGAGCACCACUCUCACUCCCAAUCAGCAUCAGCUUGACCUCUUAAGCGCCUCUUCCCAGAUUGUAGGAAAGGCAUUUAGGGCUUGCCUGGACCAUCACCCGGGACCUCCACGGCAUGGGACCGGCUGCUUUUUUUUAAGCACUUUUAAACACUGAAGACAAAUUCCCUCAUUGGAUUCUGGCACCAGCCCUGGGAGGUGAGGGUCAGAGGACAAGAGAUCAUAUGUUUGAAUAUUUCCCAAUGGUUGAUCUCCGUUGUGGCCAUUCCCUUGCUACAGAACUUCUCUGUACCUUUGCCCUCACCAAGACCCCCGGCUGCUCCCUGCCUUGAUAUUUAAACAGGCCGUCAACCCUGCACUGGCUCCACUUCCCUCCCUUCCCCAUCUUGACCCGCUGGGUCAGCCAGUUUAAGUCUACACUGUCCUCUUGAAUCUCUUGCCAUCUUAUACUAGCUCAGAUCUUAAACAUUCCCCUCAUGCGGUCCCUUUGCCCCUGCACACUCACCAUUGAGCUGAACCAUAUUGCACUACACAUUUCUAACAAUGUCACUCUCAAUUGGGGUCUCACCACAGCAGGGCAACCCUUUUAGAACUCUACUUGCUUCACUUUCCUCAACAUAGCAGUGCUUCCAAACCAUUUUAUUCCCUCCUCAAACCUCCCAUGGCUUCCCCUCCUGGCACCCUAGGAGCUGAGAGCUUCCUUUUUUCCCCUUUUUAUUUCAUAUCACUCAGAUUCUUGUCACAACUGUCUCCUUAGCCUCAUCUCACAUGAAGAGCUGACCCUCCCAGGCCACUGCAUGGACAAGUGAUGCAUCCCUUUCCUUCCUGGCUUCUCCAGCAGAUGCCUCCUCUAUCAUCCCUACUCUCUUAUUAAUCUGCUGCAGUCUCCCUGUCUCCUGGCUGUUUCCCUACUGCCUGCGGUAGGGAAGACAUGCUCAUGUCUCCCCCAUCCUGAAAAACCCUUAUUUGGCCUAUCCUUGCUAACUCUCAUGCCAUCUCUCCUCACUUUUGUGCUUAAACUAUAGAUGACUGUCUAUGAUGGAUGGAUAGAUGGAUGGAUGGAAGUCUCUGCUUCUUCCCUUCUGUCUCUGACUUUCUGCAGUCUGGCCUCCUACCUCAUCAUGGAAAUGGAAUUACUUUCUCCAAAGUUAACUGCCAAAUCAAAUGGCCUUUUUUCGCAAUCUCCAUUCUGCUUGGUCUCUGCUGCCCUUGCCACUCUACAUCACCCUCUUCUCCUCGAUAUUCUCCUCCCAUCCAUCUGCUCCAUCUUGAUCUCCUUUGCUGGAUCUUCAGGUCGCGUCCACUAAAUAUGAGUGUCCCCCAGACCUCUCUGUAUUAGGCGCUCUUCCCCUUCCAUACUAUUUCCUUUGAUGAUCUCAUCAGCUCCCAUGGAUUGUUGUCAUCUUUUUUACCAAUUCCUGAUGGUGGGCCGUCAGGCCAGUCAUGGCCAGUCAUUUCUAGCAUGUCUCAAGUUGGGUAAAGUUAAGUCCACUUGCUGACACUGCUAACAAAAGAUGGGGUCACCCCUCUGAGUGGGCUCCCUUACUACUAUGAUCCCAGUGGCUGAGCAUCUUAGCCCUAAGCUUCAGUGACUUCCCAUGUGGGGGUCACCUCUUCCCUUAGACUUGUCUCAGAUUUAACCAGUCCAGUCUCACAUCUCCACCUGGAUAUCCUGUAGGCUAGAGCUGUCAAACUCAACAGAUCCCUACAGGCUGUAUGUUGAAUUAGAAAACCCUAUUAUGUCGUAUUUUUACUUAUUUUGUUAAACUUUUCCCAGUUGUGUUCCAUUCUGCUCUGGGCUGCACUUAGGAAUUUGGCAUGUUCAAAGCAGACUUUAUUCUCUUACCUCCCCUCCUGAUUUCCCUGCCACUGUCAAGGUCACUACCAUCCCUGUCACUUGGGCUCAGCUCUUCCCUCUCACCUCCCAGUAGCCAAUUAGUGAUCAAGUACUGUCAUUUCUACCCUUGCAUCACCUGUCAAAGUCAUCUUCCUAAAGUACAAGUCAGAGCGUAUCAUCUCCCUGUUCAGUUGGCUCCAAUACUGGUUCCUCUGUUUGGCUUAGAAUGCCUUCCAUCACCUGGGCCCUGCUUCCUUUCUAGUUUCCUUCUACCUUACUCUCCCAUCCCCACCACAUACUCUCCUUCUGGCUCCCUCUUCGUCACCGCCUGGCUUUCCUGGCUUCUCUCAAGUCCCAGCCAAAGUCCCACCUUCUACAGAAAGCCUUGCCCUCUUCAUUCCAGUGCCUUCCUUCUGCUGAGCAGCUCCAACUUAACAUGUAGAGAUAUUGUGCGGACCUAGAGUUUGCAUGGUGUUAGCCACGUCUGGCUGAGCUCCUUGGGAGCAGGGCCUUUCUUUGUAUCUCCAUUCUUUAGGGCAGUCCCUAGCACACAGUAGGUACUUAGUAAAUGCUUCUUGACUAUCUGAAGCACCUAGAGGGUCUACACAAUAAACUUGAAGCUAAGUCUGUACACGCUCAUUGCCUGGGUCUCGGGGUAGGACCAGAGCACCCAGCUGUCAUCCCGUACUCUCAAAGAGGGCUUGGAGAUUAGAAUGCAGCCUGAUAUUACACUAGCUUUUUUGGCCGCCAUAUUGCUGUUGACUAAUCUCAAGUGCACAUUCCACUGAUAUUCUACUCCUGCUUCCUCUUGUACUCAUGAAGACUUUUUGACACCCAGAUGUACCACUUUUUUGUCCCUAUUAAAUGUCAUUUUAUUAGAUUGAGCCUGUCAAGAUCUUUGGGGAUCUCGGCUGUUGUCCAGAACAUUAGCUACCUUUUCCAGCUUGAUGUUGUCUGCUAAUUUGAUAAGCCUUCAGCCAGUCAACAAGUACAACAACUUACUAAGUGUCUAACAAGGGGCUCAGCAAUAGUAAGAGCAAUAGACAUACAAAGAAGGAAAGAAUCCAAAAUCUCAAGGACCUUUUGCACUAAUAUAUGUCUCAGUUGUAGAGAAGAGGGGAAUUCUUAACUCCUGAACAAAUAGAAAAAAUGAUAGGAGACUAAAUAGAUGGAUUUCUAUCAAAUUAAGGCGUUUUUGCAUAAUGAAAAGCAGUGCACCCUGAAUUGAAAAGGAAGAAUCUGGCAUGUAUUUUUGCUAAAAAGAAAAAACAAUGUGACAUCUUCACACUGUUGCUGACUACCUGAGCCACUGCAUACUCAGGAAGAAACCCUCCUUCCACUCCUUAGAUUAGUUCCAAAGGGUAAAAGGGGCCGGAGAAAUGGCUCCUAGCUCAUGCCGGCCCCAAGCAGGAUUCCUUCUGCAGCUUACAACUCAAUGAGGACUGCCACUUCCAAAUGGGAAGGACAUAGAAAGUAAUAAUAGAUGGAAGAAAUGGAAUCCCAAUAGAUGCUGACCAGGCACAGUAGAAACACCAGAAGACGAUGCAAGGGCCAACAGGAUGUUUAGGUUGCUGUUUUGGCCACAUGACCACACUGCCAUCAUCAAUAAAGAAGCAGAUAUGGAACUUGCAAGGGUCAAGGGCCAUCCUAAUUGCCAUUUUGGAAUCAUGGAUGCAAGGGAACAGAGUAGGGGGAGCUAAAACUCAAGGACACCCCAGUUAUGCUACCAAUGUUUACUUGGACAAAGUCAAGACCUUUUAUCAGGGAACAGGAAGUUGAAGUAUCCUGUCUCUAGGCCACAAGAGGAUUGGGCCUUUCUCUUCUCUGAAGGCCAAACGAUAACUACCAAAAAGAUGAGACACCCUACAGCACAGCACACGCCCAAUUAGGGGAGGGUGCGGCUGCCCCUGUUCCUCUCAGGUGAAGUCUCCACCUCAUCCUUAUGAAUGUCAUUCCUUUUCUGUUCCUCUUCUACUUUUCUGUGGUCCUUGGAGAGAAGAAAUGUGUACCUUGCCUGGCAUAUGGCUAUAAGACUUUAAAAAUGGAACACCAAUCUCCUACAGCCCCUAGGUACCCUCGGGCACUGCAGAAGCACUUUGACCACAUGGAGGGGCAUAUGGAGAGGACCUCUCACAUUUCCCAACUAUAACUCGAGGAAGUGAGAGUCGAGGGGAGAGUGGGAGGAGUCUUCAGCUAUAAGGGCACAGUAACCCUGUUGGGAUGACUACAGAGUCACUGUGGCUACUGAGCAAAUGUCUAAGAAAGAGGACCAACCCACCCCCAUCACUACAGCUUAAAAAAGACAAGCUAUCGAAGAGUCUUUGGAAGAACUAGAAGUCAGCUCCCUGUCCGGGACUUAGGUACCAGUCUAAGGAAAGAGGUGACCCCCACAUGUGAAGUCACUGAGACUCGGCUAAGAUGAUCUGUCACUGGGAUGGUAGGAAGGGAGCCCACCCAGAGGGGUAGCCCAGUCUUUUGUUAGCAUGGUCAGCAAUUGAAAUGAACUUUACCCCAGUGUCAGGAAUUGCUGAAAAACAAAGACACUUUGGCCAGUGACUCUCCUGGGAGCCAUUCCUCUAGGACUCUAGUCUGGGAUGGCAGCAAGUCUCAGGUGGGCACUCUCUGAGUCCUAGGACCAUGCCUUGAGGCCUAUACCUAUAGAGCACUCUCUGGUCUUAGUGAAAGAGACUCUGACUGAUGCAGGUUUCUGGUUACCACAACAGGGGCACAUUUAUCAGUUUUCUUUUUGUUGUCCCAAUCUUCAAAAUAAGAAACAGUGGAGACUGAAAUUAUUAAAGUUUGCCUAAAUUUGA